CUGGCUUUUCAAAUUGUAGCUUGGUCUGCCUACAAAAAUUCCUAUUGCAGACUUAGCACCACCAUUCUUUCCUUUUAAACAAACAUGUAGGAUCACUGCUAAAAUGUGGCAACCCUGGCUUCCAGAGCUAGGUCUCGUUGAUAUCUCCAGGUACAGGAGUGUAGAGGGAACCUGCCCUAAGAAAUUCCAGGAUUUGGGGGCUAAGAAAGUGGUGAAGAUGAAGGGUGGCACCCAGAUUCCCAAUCUAUCUUUUGCAUAACAAACAUCCAAUGGGGCUCGGCGCUGGUAGCUCAGCGGUUAGGGCGCCGGACACAUACACGGGGCUGGAGGGUUCGAACCCAGCCUGGGCCUGCUAAACAAGGACAACUGCAACAAAAUAAAUAGCCGAGCGUCGUGGCGGGCGCCUGUAGUCCCAGCUACUUGGGAGGCUGAGGCAAGAGAAUCGCUUAAGCCCAAGAGUUUGAGGUUGCUGUGAGCUGUGACGCCACGGUACUCUACCGAGGGCGACAUAGUGAGACUCUGUCUCAAAAAAACCAAAAAACAAAAAACACAUCCAAGGGGGACACUUAUGAUAGGUAUGUUGCCCCCCCGUGUAGAAACAAAUAUCAACAGAGUUCAGCCCCUGGUCUGCAGGCACUCACAAUCUGCUUAGGAAAGCGCACAAAACCAUUGAGCCGCACAGCGGAGGUAGGCCCACUUGCCACGGGAAAGGAGGGGAAGCUGGUGAAAGGCUUCGCAGGAGGUGAUGCUGAGGACUGCACUGGUCUGGAUGAAGAGGGACUAUAAGUAGAGGCACGGAUCCACUGUAACCAGGAGUGUGGAAGUAAACAUUUGCGAAGUAGCCAGAUACUUGGGUGUCUAAGGCACCGCAAGUUUUCACAUUACCUGGAUAUCAAAGGGGCGACAGUCUGGCGGUGGUGCGGAUUGGAAGGGUUGCACUGGAAGCUGAGAGACCCCUUAGGUGUGUGUAGCUAACAGUUCAGGAAAGAGAAACAACAAACUGAAACUGGGUGGGAGCAGAUGUCCUGUAAAGGCCUGUGCAACAGGACAGGCGGGACUCGUGUCUGGUGGCUCUGAAGUGAGGGUUCCUCCCUGCUUUCGGGUUUGGAAGAGCUCGUACUAAAAACCUGGAUGGUACCAGCAAGCUCUCUCCUGGAGUGCUCCAUUUCCGUCAACAUCCCACCUACAGCUGUUCUCAAGUUUCCAGAAACCGCUUUGGUCUUCCAACUGCUCGCUAGUUGUCCGCCAGUAGCAUCAAGAUGGCGGCCUCCUAAGAACUGAUUAGUCACGUGACUUCGGGUUUCCUCAGUUUGAAGCCCAGAAGUCCGUUCGGGGGCAAGGUUCACCUGUCACAUAAUGGUGUCAGUCCUUCUAAUCUCGCCUGCCAAUCAGCAUCCGCGACUGGGCCACUGCGGUGAGACGACCGAAACAUUGGUCCUUUCCAGUCGCUUACUCGGGCCAAUCACGGGGCGUCCUACGUUUCAUGGGCCCGCCCAUAGGCAGAGGAAAGCUGGAAUGUCGUCACAGCGUGGCGGUAUUGUUACCUAAGGAUUAGAGGGGAGGUGGGACGUGUGUUGAUUGACAGACAGACUUCCCCUACCGCGAUUUGAGAAUUUGGCGCAGUAUCCCGCCUUGGAGGUGGGGUCUUAUUUGAUUGCCAAGUAAUAUUCCCCAAUGGAAUCCUAGCUCAUGGUGACGGGCAGGAUGCUUGACUAAUGAAUCCUCGGCGUGGCCGGCGCAGCUCUCCAAUCGCCGGGCGGCGGGCCCCAGUCUGAGCGGCGAUGGCGGCGGCGGCGGCGGCGGCAGCAGCAGCGGGGGCUGCGGGCGGUCGGGGCUCCGGGCCGGGGCGGCGGCGCCAUCUUGUGCCCGGGGCCGGUGGGGAGGCCGGGGAGGGGGCCCCGGGGGGCGCAGGGGACUACGGGAACGGCCUGGAGUCUGAGGAACUGGAGCCUGAGGAGCUGCUGCUGGAGCCCGAGCCAGAGCCCGAGCCCGAAGAGGAGCCGCCCCGGCCCCGCGCCCCCCCGGGAGCUCCGGGCCCUGGGCCUGGCUCGGGAGCCCCCGGCAGCCAGGAAGAGGAGGAAGAGCCGGGACUGGUCGAGGGUGACCCGGGGGACGGCGCCAUUGAGGACCCGGAGCUGGAAGCGAUCAAAGCUCGGGUCAGGGAGAUGGAGGAAGAAGCGGAGAAGCUAAAAGAGCUACAGAACGAGGUAGAGAAGCAGAUGAAUAUGAGUCCACCUCCAGGCAAUGCUGGCCCAGUAAUCAUGUCCAUUGAAGAGAAGAUGGAGGCUGAUGCCCGUUCCAUCUAUGUUGGCAAUGUGGACUAUGGUGCAACAGCAGAAGAGCUAGAAGCUCACUUUCAUGGCUGUGGUUCAGUCAACCGUGUUACCAUACUCUGUGACAAAUUUAGUGGCCAUCCCAAAGGGUUUGCAUACAUAGAGUUCUCAGACAAAGAGUCAGUGAGAACUUCCCUGGCCUUAGAUGAGUCCCUAUUUAGAGGAAGACAAAUCAAGGUGAUCCCCAAACGAACCAACAGACCAGGCAUUAGCACAACAGACCGGGGUUUCCCACGAGCCCGCUACCGUGCCAGGACCACCAACUACAACAGUUCCCGCUCUCGAUUCUACAGUGGCUUUAACAGCAGGCCCCGGGGUCGCGUCUACAGGGGCCGGGCUAGAGCGACAUCAUGGUAUUCCCCUUACUAAAAAAAGUGUGUAUUAGGAGGAGAGAGAGGAAAAAAAGAGGAAAGAAGGAAAAAAAAAAAAGAAUUAAAAAAAAAAAAAAGAAAAACAGAAGAUGACCUUGAUGGAAAAAAAAUAUUUUUUAAAAAAAAAGAUAUACUGUGGAAGGGGGGAGAAUCCCAUAACUAACUGCUGAGGAGGGGCCUGCUUUGGGGGAAUAGGGGAAGGCCCAGGGAGUGGGGGCAGGGGGCUGCUCAUUCACUCUGGGGAUUCGCCAUGGACACGUCUCAACUGUGCAAGCUGCUUCCCAUGUUUCCCUGCCCUACUUCACCUCCUUGGGGUUGCUCAAGGGUAGGUGGGCAUGGGUGGUAGGGUUUUUUUUUUACCCAGGGCUCUGGAAGGACACCAAACUGUUCUGCUUGUUACAUUCCCUCCGUCUUUUCCCCAUCUUUCACAGUCCCCUCCUGCCUGCUCCUGUCCUGCCAGGUCUACCACCCACCCCACCCCUCUUUUCCGGCUCCCUGCCCCUCCAGAUUGCCUGGUGAUCUAUUUUGUUUCCUUUUGUGUUUCUUUUUCUGUUUUGAGUGUCUUUCUUUGCAGGUUUCUGUAGCCGGAAGAUCUCCGUUCCGCUCCCAGCGGCUCCAGUGUAAAUUCCCCUUCCCCCUGGGGGAAUGCACUACCUUGUUUUGGGGGGCUUUGGGGUGUUUUUGUUUUUCAGUUUUUUUUGUUUUGUUUUUUUUCCUUUGCUUUUUUUUCCCUUUUAUUUGGAGGGAAUGGGAGGAAGUGGGAACAGGGAGGUGGGAGGUGGAUUUUGUUUAUUUUUUUAGCUCAUUUCCAGGGGGAGGGAAUUUUUUUUUAAUAUGUGUCAUGAAUAAAGUUGUUUUUGAAAAUAAAAAUUGUUUGGCCUUU